AGAAAACCUACAUAUCUCUAUGGCAACGACAACUAUCCAUUUGCAGUGCUAAUCAUGGUGCUAAUGUGUCCAUGACUGAAAACUUGUUAACUUGUUGUAGUAGCUAGCUGUUUAUUACAACAUUAACCGUAUUCGCCGACAUUCUUGCCGCGUACAUUUGCAAACUGCAAGCAGUUAGCUAGGUAACAAAUUGCAUGUCGUUGCGAGUACGAAAAAUACGAAAAAGUAGCUGCGUGCUAACGACAAGUGCUAGCUUUGCUAACAUCAAAACAAUACCGCUUUUUGAAUGUUUACUUGCUAAAUAUGAACUUUAUGGCGGACAGUUGGAACACAGAUACCGGAGAAGCUGUGUAUCGGUCCCGGGAUGCUGUCAAAAACUUGAGAAUAAGGGUGCGUAUAGAGAAGGUGACCUCUACAGCAGCCCUCUCUCAGCACCUCCAACAGCAAGUUCUGUCCCAGCAAGACAGAGGGGACAUUGAAAUGGAAACCCUCACCUCACGAGGCCAGACAGGUGAUAAUGAGGAGGAGCUGGUGGUGGGCUGGCAGGAGAAACUCUUUAGUCAGUAUGAGAUGGAGCUGUUCCAGAGCGAUGCAGCAUGUCAGACCCCUCUGGACCGUCAGUAUCACACAGAAGUCAAGGCCCUGAACAAGUCUAAGCGCCGACGUAAUCACAGGAUUUUCACAUACACAGAUCAUGACCGCUACACCAGCUGUCUUCCAUUGCACCAACUGCAGCACUCCACUGACUUAUUGACCACAACCAAAUCCAGCCCCACAUUCCUGGCUGAAAGGAUGGCCAGUGUGAGACACAGACGGCAGGACAGACGCACCAUGGAUUGUAGUAUUCCUAAAUCAAAGAUCGUCAACUGGGAGCCCACAGAGGAGUUUGUGAAGAGCAGUCAUGUGGUGAAUAAUGCCAUGCAGACCAUGCACAUCAUGGGAGACCUGGCUCCCCCUGGAAGGCUGGGCCAGAAAGAUAAUGAAUAUUUGCUGGUAACCAUAAAAACAGAUGGCAGCGGGACAGUCAUUGUAAAACCUGACUUCAACAAAGGCAAAGAGCCCUAUAGGAUUGUAACAGCGGGGGAGAAGAGAGAAGUUUGGCGUCUCACUGUGGAGAAUGUAUGCACAGCCAUGCAACCAGAGGAACAGGAGAGGGAGCAGAACAUGUAUAGAGACCUGUACGUACGGCACAAGGAGUACCUCAAUAGCCUUGUUGGACAGGACUUUGAGAUGCCUCCCUUGGGUAUUUUGCGUUACCUGAUGAAUGGAGAGAUAGUUUCAGCCAAAGGCUUUGAAUAUGAUAACUUAUACAUCCACUUCUUCAUGGAACUGCCCAACAAUUGGUCCAGCUUGCCAUUUCAGUCUCUCUCAGGUGUUACCCAGACCUGCCGGGCCAAAACAUUAGGGAAGGAAAAUGUAGCUUUCUUCAGUUACCCCUUUAGCUUUGAGGCUUUCUACAUGAGUGAAAAAGAGAGUGAGGAGUCAAUUCUCCAGUGGCCAGUGAUCUACUUCAAGGUUCUUUCUCUGGACUCCUGGCAGCGCUAUCGAACUGAAGGCUAUGGCUAUCUGCUUUUUCCUGCCAUGCCUGGUAAACAUACAAUAACAUGCCAUACGUGGAGACCCCUUCAGAUGGGGACAGGGUCUGCACUGAGGCGCUUCUUUAUUGGAGGUUCUCCAGAGCUUGAAGACCACAGCUAUGUCAGAAUACCCGGGACCUUUAAGGGAGAGAGGCUGAGUCGCUUUGGCUUUUGCACUGAAACCACAGGAAGUGUCACCUUUAAUCUGCACUGCCUCCAGCAAGCCAGGGCCUUUGUUGAUGCCACCAUGCUGAAGAAGAGGAGGCAGAAAGCUUUUGAGCAGCUGGGAGGAUUUAGUCAGCAAGGAGCUGUUUGCACCAUCCUGGAGGCCUUCCAGAGGGCCAGGAGAAAGAUGCACGAGGCCAGAGAAAGUCUUCCAAGAGACCUCGUCAACACCAACUCCCAACUCCACAUCGAAUCCUCAGCAUAGGCGUGAAAAACGGUGAAGAACUGUCACUCUGUCAAAUACAUGAAAACAACCAAAUGGCUUACAGCUACCCUGUAGAAUAGUAGCAACAUUACCAGCGAGUAGGAGUUGCCAUUUUUAAAUAUUGCACAUUUAGGGGCGUGUUCAGGCCUAUAGUUUGUUUGCUUUGGUCCGAAUCAGUUGAUGACUUUGUACACUUGGAGCGGUUUCCCCUUGGUUUUGUUUCACUCAGAGAAAAAUCCAAGCGUACCAAAAUGCAUCACUACCUGUGCUUACUGGUCAGAUGUGUCCGGGUGCAGGAGCAAGAAAGUAAAUACAGGAAGAGGGUCCUGUGUUCUCGAGUAGUGCAUAUGUCUUGCAUCCCCACGGUCAAACCAGACGUUACUGCGUCUAUUUCUGUAAGAGAAACACUGCAAGCCGCUACAGUUUUGCAAAACACACCUGACUACAGGAGCCGUUUAGCUCAGACUUGCUGAGACCACAUAGCUGGGGCAGUUUGAGAUCGGAUCACAUUCUCACCACAAACGAACCGAUCCAGAGUUUGAUUAAGAGCAUACUGAGACCUCCUUAAUGAGGGGAUCUAGGCACGCGAGUUUGGUCCACUUUUGGUGCACAUCUGAGUGCGAUGGAUGCAUUCACACCUGCCCAAACGAACCGCACCCAGGGGGAACACGAACUCUAGUGCGAUUUAACCAAACUAAAUGAGGUGUGAAAGCCUCCAUAUUGUGUUUUGGUGAUAGGACUGUGAUGUACUGUAACAAGUCAGAAAGAAGAAAACUGUCUUUUUGCAAUUUAUAUUUUGUAAAGGAUAAGGUUUGUAAGGUGAUUAUUGAGUAAAUAUGGAUUUAUGUGGUAAUUAAUAUGGAGCAAAGCCAAUAUGCCUACUACGUAUGCUAUGUAUGUAUUGUUCUGUAUCUAUGGUUAUCACCAUGUAUUGUAUUAUUUUUUUACAGUCACUGUUUGUCUCAGAUUUGGGUAAAUAGUCUUAUUUUCAGAGUUGUAGACAGUGAGGCUUUUACAAACUGAUGCAACACAGAAAAUAAAAUACUUUUUAGACUUGGA